AAAUAAAUGAGGGCUGCCAAAGGCCGCGGGGCUCGGGAGGCAGGCGAAGACCCAGCGUCGCAUUGCAGAGUCGAGAAGACCUGGGCUGCCGUGACGCCGCAGUCGCCGGGCCUAGUUUCCCCCGCCCUGCCCGAGCGCGGCCGCGCCUCUCGCCCGAAUCCGGGUACCACCGGCGACGCGGGUCGGCCCCUUCCGGCUGGUUCCGGCGUCCGGCCUGGCAUGCUGGUUCUACGGCUGCUGCCGCUGCCGCGGGGGCUGCGGCUUGGGAAGCUCCGCGCUUCCGCAGGCCUGGCCUCCGCGGCCCGGGCCCCCGCAGCCUGUCGCUGGACCCCGCCCCGGCCCAGCGCACCGCCCUCAGGCCCCGAGCCCCGCCCUGGCCUCCGCCUAGGCCUCGCCUCCAGCCCCGGGCCGCGGCCCGCCACCGCCGCUGCGGCCAGCCCAGACGCGCCGCCCGCAUGCGCCGCGACCAUGGAGCGCCCCGAAGCGGGAGGAAUUAAUUCCAAUGAGUGUGAAAAUGUAUCAAGAAAAAAGAAAAUGUCAGCGGAAUUUGAAGCCAAUACUAUGGAUUCUCUGGUAGACAUGCCAUUUGCUACUGUAGAUAUUCAGGAUGACUGUGGAAUCACUGAUGAACCUCAAAUAAAUUUGAAGAGAAGUCAAGAAAAUGAAUGGAUCAAGAGUGAUCAAGUAAAGAAGAGGAAAAAAAAGCGAAAAGAUUGUCAACCCAACUAUUUCCUAUCCAUUCCAAUCACCAAUAAAGAGAUUAUAAAAGGAAUUAAGAUCCUGCAAAAUGCAAUAAUACAACAAGAUGAGCGACUGGCCAAAGCAAUGGUCAGUGAUGGUUCCUUUCAUAUUACCCUGCUGGUGAUGCAAUUAUUAAAUGAAGAUGAAGUAAACAUUGGUAUUGAUGCUCUUUUGGAAUUGAAACCAUUCAUAGAAGAACUCCUCCAAGGAAAACAUUUGACUUUGCCCUUUCAAGGGAUUGGCACUUUUGGAAAUCAGGUUGGAUUUGUGAAGCUGGCAGAAGGAGAUCAUGUAAACUCACUUUUGGAGAUCGCAGAGACUGCAAAUAGGACAUUUCAAGAAAAAGGCAUCCUGGUAGGAGAGAGCAGAAGUUUUAAGCCUCACUUGACCUUCAUGAAGUUGUCAAAAUCACCGUGGCUCCGUAAGAAUGGAGUGAAAAAAAUAGAUCCUGAUUUAUAUGAAAAGUUUAUCAGUCACAGAUUUGGAGAAGAAAUAUUAUAUCGCAUAGAUCUUUGCUCCAUGCUGAAGAAAAAACAAAGUAAUGGUUAUUAUCACUGUGAAUCUUCCAUUGUGAUUGGUGAAAAGAACGGAGGGGAGCCCGAUGACGCUGAACUAGUAAGGCUCAGUAAGAGGCUGGUGGAGAACGCGGUGCUCAAGGCUGUCCAGCAGUAUCUGGAGGAAACACAGAAUAAAAACAAGCCAGGGGAGGGGAGCUCUGUGAAAACCGAAGCAGCUGAUCAGAAUGGCAAUGACAAUGAGAACAACAGGAAAUGAGGCCGGAACGCAGGCCCCCAUGUCUCUGUGCAAAGCCUCCCUGCUCCCCUCUGCUGAGUCUAGGGACUGACUUGCAGCGUGCUGUUUAAGUUUCUCUGGUCCAAUCUGUGAAGAUUGCCUAAUACUUUCAUGAUCGAUGUGUUCGCAUUUCUGAAACACAACAGAAGAAAAACGGAGUGCUGGGACUGGCAGAGGAAAUUAAUUGAUGAAAGAAGAAUGGCCCAAGUUGCAUUCACCCUCAGCCACGCACAAGGGAAAGGGAACUUUGGGUUGUGCCUCCUGGACGCAAAUUAAAGGCCGAGAAAGAGGCCUUGCCAUCAAUGGAAUACUGCCAUUUAUAUUGCUUAGCAGGGCAUUUGACUACUUUAUCUGAGGCCAGAACUCUCACACACAGCUAUCAAGUGCUAAGUUUAAAAUAAUCACUGUUGAAAUUAUCAUCUGUACAAUUAGUCCAUAAUGUUUCAUGUUUGUCCUAAGUGUGCUGUUGCUAUGCAGUGAUCUUUAUUUAUAGUAAAUUAUGUUUCAUGUAAAUGAUAUAUUUUUGGUGAAAUGCAACCUUUUCUAUAAAAUGUGGGCAACAUUUUAAAGUUUUUUUAAAAUCCUAUUUUGAUAAGUCAGUAUGUCGUAUUUAAUGAAAUGUAUUAUAUAAUUUUUUUUUCUUAGGCAAGAAACCUAUUGGAAUUCGAGACUUAAUUAAUGAAGCUUUGCAUCGAGAAACGAUGGGUCUGAAGUCCAAAGUGAAACAGAUAAAGGAACUUUUAUUAAAGCCUGAGACUCAGGUCAAAAUUAGGAGGGAGCUUUUUGAAGGAAGACUUAUUAACAACAGUAAUCCAGCAAAUGACGUUGAUUUCAGCACAACUUUGACAUAAGCUCUACAUUGCGAUUGUGACAACAUAGCUUAUGAAAUCUUUAUAGCUUAUUAAGUAGCUCUUUGGUAAACACCAAAGAAGUUUCUGAUAGUGUCUGCACAACAGCAAACCAACAUUUGGUGAGGAAUUAGUAAUUUCUUGCCAAAGAAAACUGAUUCUGCCCAAUUAUUUUUUGAGCUACACUUGUGUUUUAGAAUGUCUGUUUCUGUAAUAUUGAGAGUUAUUUUAUAGAAAUGAUUUCUUAAUUAGCUGUUGUGAGAUAUUUCUCGGGUCCUUGCAGAAAAAAACAUACCGACUGAACAAAUCAUUCACAAACAGAAUAAAACAGAGCCAACAACAGUAUUUUAAGGGUCACUUGCCUCCUGUUGACACGAUUGUUGCUAAAUCAAAAGAAGCAUUGUCCAGGUGUGUCUACAUCUAGUGUUACUUUUAAUGAGAAUUUGAAUGUUUAUUGAACAAUAGUACUUGAAUGAACAUUUAUAAAUGUAAUUAUUGCGAUCACUGGUUAAGAAUGUUUUAUAUAUCCUUAUAAUAUUUUUCACUGAUCAAAAUGUUCUGCUUUUUCAUUUCUUAAGGAAUACAUGUUUGGGAUUUUUAUUUUUUACAUGUCCGAAGAUAAGCUCCAGGUCUUAUCGUAUCCCUUGCCAUCUGAACUUGUUUGCACUGCUUCCGUUUGAAAGAGCAUCUUGAAAAACUUCCCCGGUAUGAUGAUUGUUGGUAACAACUUUUUCUAUAGUCAUUGCAAAAUUGCUGCUACCAGUAGAUCAUGAUGGAGGGGAAAUCACUGGAGAUCAAAUAUGUAAAAUCAUUUCAAAUAUAAAAUCCAGUUUACUCAUGGAUUUUAGCUAUUUUUUCACUGGGUAAAUUAUACUACAUUUAUUUACAAAUGAGUUUAUGCAUUUUCAUGGCUCUUAAUAAACAUAUUGUUUUCCCUUGUU